AUGCUGUAUACAUGUCGGGUGAUACAGCAGCGCAUCACACUAUGGCGUCGACCGAUACCCUUGUCGCAGCUGCGGCGCAGUAUCUUGACACUUGCAAUCGAAUCGUCCUGUGAUGAUACCUGCGUGGCCAUCCUAUCGAAACAGAAGGGACGGGCAACCAUACAUUUCAAUGAGAAAAUCACCAGCAAAAACACGGGCAAGGGUGGAAUCGUUCCCCUAGAGGCUUUACUCAGCCAUCAAGAGCACAUGUCCCAACUCGUGGACACAUCUUUGGCAUGGCUUCCACCGGUCGAAUUGGAGACAUGCAGUUCAAAGAUAAUGCACCUUCAAAAUGGGGAGCGCAAGCGGAAACCCGACUUUGUUUCGGUCACGCGAGGGCCUGGAAUGCUGAGUAACUUGAGCGUCGGUGUCAACACAGCCAAAGGACUUGCUACGGCAUGGCAGGUACCUCUGGUAGGAGUUCAUCACAUGCAGGCACAUAUGCUUACUUCACGAUUGGUGGAUGCGAUGAGAACCGAUCAGAACGAGUCAACCUCGACCAUGCCGGAAUUCCCAUUCCUUACAUUGCUGGUUAGUGGAGGACAUACGAUGCUCGUCUACUCCAAGGGCUUGGUUGAGCACGAAAUCAUUGCCACAACUGGGGACAUUGCGGUCGGCGAUGAAUUGGACAAGUGCGGACGACUCAUCUUACCCAAGCAUGUACAAGACUCCUUGCCAGACACCGGAUAUGCCAAAUACCUAUCAAAGUAUGCGUUUGAAGGUUACAACUUCGAGGAAUGGCUCAUACCGAAAUCAAGAUCUGAUGAGCUUGACAUGUCAUUGAACCAAUUCGGGUGGAAAAUACCCAUUCCAUUGGUUCGCACUAGAGAUCUGGCAUUCAGCUUCGCUGGCAUAUCGAGUUCGGUGAAACGAAUUCUGGACAGUCGAAGCGUGAGCGAGGAAGAGCGACUGGCGCUGGCAAGAUCGACGAUUGGCGCAACAUUCGAUAGUAUGGGUUCUCGCAUCAUUAUGGCGUUGGAGAUGCUGCGUGACCGUCAAGUCGAAAUAUCUACGCUCGUGGUUAGUGGAGGCGUGGCAGCCAACGACUUCCUGCGGUUUCAUCUACGGCGGACACUUGAUGUGAGAAAGAUGGGACACGUUGGCCUCAGUUUCCCACCGGUGGAAUUGUGCACGGAUAACGCGGCCAUGAUUGGAUGGGCAGGGAUUGAAAUGUUGGAGGCAGGGUAUACAUCCGAUUUGGCAUUCCAUCCCCGACGCGCCUGGAGCAUGGAUAGCGAAUCUGAGGAAGGAGGCAUUUUGGGCGGGGGAGGAUGGAAUAGGGCUGGGAUGGAGUAA